AUGCCUUCUCUUCCUCCAGACUUCAACCUCGGCUUCGCUACUGCAUCCUACCAAAUCGAGGGUGCAGUAGCUGAAGAUGGUCGAGGACCUUCAAUUUGGGAUACGUUCUGCCAUCUCGAACCUACUCGGACAAAAGGCGCAAAUGGCGAUAUUGCCUGCGAUCACUAUCAUCGGUUAGAUGAGGACCUUGAUCUUUUGAAGCGCUAUGGCUCAGAUAUGUAUCGCUUCUCACUCUCAUGGUCGCGUGUAAUUCCUCUUGGCGGCCGAGAUGAUCCUGUAAAUGAAACCGGCAUUGAGUUCUACAACAGGGUUAUCGACGGGUGUCUCGCUAGGGGCAUAACUCCUUGGGUAACACUUUACCACUGGGACUUGCCGCAGGCGUUACAUGAUCGGUAUGGCGGUUGGCUGGAUGUGGAGGAAUCUCAACUGGACUUUGAGCGUUACGCAAGACUCUGCUAUGAGAGGUUUGGCGAUCGCGUUAAGCAUUGGAUUACGCUCAAUGAACCUUGGAUUAUAUCCAUAUUUGGAUAUGCUACAGGAGGCAACGCCCCAGGCCGAAGCAGCAUCAACCCGCAGUCUACGGAAGGCGAUACGUCAACUGAACCAUGGAUCGUGGGAAAGGCUCUCAUCAUGAGUCACGCACGCGCUGUAGCGGUAUAUAAUCGAGAUUUCCGCCCGUCACAAAACGGCCAGAUAGGAAUUUCAUUGAACGGCGAUUACUACGAGCCGUGGGAUAAAAGUGAUCCUCAAGAUAGCGAAGCAGCUGAGAGGCGCAUGGAAUUCCAUAUUGGCUGGUUCGCCAACCCCAUAUUUCUGGGGCAAGAUUAUCCGCAAUGCAUGCGCGACCAGCUCAAAGACCGCCUACCACCUUUCACGUCGGAAGAAAUGCAGCUGCUUCAGUCAGCUCAGAGUGAUUUCUACGGCAUGAAUUACUACACAUCUCAAUUCGCGCGACACAGAAGUACCCCAGCUCCUGAUACUGAUUACAUUGGCAACCUGGAUGAGCUGCAGACCAACAAAGCCGGCAAACCUGUCGGUCUAGAAAGCGGCCUACACUGGCUCCGAUCUUGCCCCGAUCUCUUCCGCAAACACCUCACCCGAAUCUACCGCCUCUACGGCAAACCCAUAAUCAUCACAGAGAAUGGCUGUCCCUGCCCUGGAGAAGAAAAGAUGAGCCGCGAGGAAUCAGUGCAAGAUGAAUAUCGGAUCAAGUAUUUCGAAGACCAUCUCGACGCGAUUGGUCGAUCAGUGGCCGAGGAUGGUUCUGUGAUUGAAGGAUACUUUGCGUGGUCACUGAUGGAUAACCUCGAGUGGUCGGACGGAUAUGGUCCGCGUUUCGGAGUGACUUUUACGGAUUAUAAGACAUUGGAAAGAAGCCCGAAGAAGUCGGCGUUGGUUUUGAGACAGUUGGUUGAUAGACGGAAGAGCGGACAGAUGAAACUGUGA